AGACUGCUUCCACCAUUUGCCACCAUUUCAUCCGAGUGAUUGUGAGGCUGAUGGAGGAUGCUGCAGUAAAUAAACACAUCUAAAGUUUCAUGUUGGGCAGAGUUUAAGUAUCAAAGAGUUUUUGGUGUCAGCCUUGAGAGAACAGAGAACUGGUGCAUUAUGGCUCAAUUUGACUGCAGAGAUGAAAGCGAUCACUGCUUGAGCAGGAGCGUUGUCACCAAUCUGCACAUUGAUAAUAGUGAUCCAGUGAACUAUUUGAUCUCACAAACCAUGAACACAACAGAGCAGCUUCCUUCAGGGUUUCCUCCUCUGGAAAGCAGCAGUGCAGAGCAGGCUGGAAGUCCUGAUGAGAGCAAUGACUGCCUGAACCAGCCUGAGGAUUGCAGUCCUCCUAUAGACAUAUCUUCAGCCCUCAGGUCAGUUGCGUCAAUGGGCACGUGGGAUUUUGGAAAAAUGCACUCAACAGUGUCAAAGCUGUUCUCAGAGGAAGUUCUUGAGGAAGACGACUCAACUUUGUCCCCAUUAGAUGAUCAGGAUACAAGCACAGAAGAGGAAGAUGAUCCAGCUAAAGAGAAAGCACUGAGUAUAUCAUUCCACUCCAAGUACAUUCAUAUUUUCCCGCUGUAUCAGGACUACUGUCUGCAGGCGGUGAAAGAUGAUCUGCACAGCUUUAGCAAGUGUUCUGUGUCUGAACUGAUAACCCCCCAGUACCUGCAGGGCCUGCAGUCCCGUCUUAGCCUUCUUUGCCGUUCAGAGGCUCCAUCUCCUCAACAGAGUCUCCAAGAGACGACUCCAUCCUCUCAUCACCUUAUUAAGGUGACCCCAUGUACUCUCUGGCAAGAUCUAGAUGAGGUGAAGGCAGCGGGCCUGCUAAGCAGCUUGACUACCAGAGAGAUCCGCCUUCAGGAGUCGAUGUUUGAGUUGAUCGGCUCUGAAGCAUCUUACUUGAGGAGUCUCGGAGUCGCUGUCGAUCAUUUCUUUGUGUCAAAGCCACUGAAGCAGACUCUGUCUCAAAUGGAGCAUCACAUUUUGUUCUCCAACAUUCGUCGUGUGAAGGCAGCCAGUGAGAAGUUUCUUAUGGAUCUGGAAAUUCGACUGGGGGAGAGUGUUGUAAUAUCUCAGGUUGGAGACAUUGUGCUCCAGCACUGCCCAGCGUUUCGCACUCUCUAUGUGCCGUAUGUGACUAACAUGAUGUACCAGGAGGCCCUUAUCAACCAGCUGCUGCAGCAGAACAGAGACUUUCUGUUUUCACUCAAGAAGCUCGAGAGUGACUCAGUGUGUCAAAGACAGAGGCUCAAGUCAUUCCUUGUCCUCCCCUUCCAGAGAAUUACUCGUAUUAAACUCAUCCUGGAGAGCAUCCUCAAACUGACUAAACCAGACUCUGACUCAGUUUCAAAUCUUGAAAAGGCAAUAGAAGCCAUUCAUGAGAUAGUGUCCGAGUGUGACAAGGGGGUCAAAAAAAUGAAACAAAUAGAGGAGCUGGUCUGCCUGGAAAUGCUUCUGGACUUUGGCAAAAUGAAGUCGGUCCCCCUGGUGGUAAGUGGGCGUUUUCUGGUGCACCAGGGUCCCAUGAAACAGCUGACUGUGGAGAACACUUACAACUCAAGAAUGUCAUUCAUCGGCGUCUACCUUCACCUCUUCAACGACCUUCUGAUCAUCUCCUCGAAAAAGGAUCAGCGGUUCAUAGUAGAGGAUCAUGCUGAAUUCCCCACACAUGUGCACGUUGAGCAUCUGAAGACUGAAGUCCUGGGUUUACCUCCAGACUCCUUCCUGCUACAUCUCUCUCAAAGUCAAACUGGACAACCGACCGCCAUGAUACUUGUUACACACACAAGGUCAGAUAAAGAGACCUGGAUGAAGGUGCUGUCAUCUAAACAAUGAUUGAAAGGUUCUGUUAUUUGGAUUUUAUGCAUCAAACUUGGUGCUAUUUAACUUUCACACAAAUAUACAUUUUGAUGGUUUUGCACAACUUAAAUGUUUAAUUAUUCACUCUAAGAUUAUCUUCACUUGACUUUGUACUUUAUACUGUUCUUGAUAAAGGCACUCUUAAAGCACUGUAUGACACAUGAAGCACUGAACAGACACACAGUUAGUAAAUGGAUGUUUUUUUAUUACUGGGAAUACAUGUUUUUACCUGUAUUAAAAUUCUAGCCUCUUUAAAGCUAUGUCCACUCUUUUCCUACAUAAAAUAAAUAAAUAAAAUGUCUUUUCUUACAAUA